AUGGACUAACAAACCGUAAUUAUAACUGUUAGUUCAGAAUAUAAUGAAGACAUAAGGUCAAUAAUUUCUUUAUAUUUUAGCGAAGAUGGUUCAUAAACAGUUGAAAGUGAGGAGAGAUAAGAAAAUUAAAUAUUUGAUACUAAUAUUGUCUAAUUUAUCAAUGAUGAGUAAUUUGAAUUCUAAUUUUUAUAAGUUAAUUAAUCAUGCAGUAAUAAUGAUGUACAUAUUAAAGUUCAAGAGGAGAUAAAGGAUUUAUAACAAUAAUAAUGUAAUUAAGCCUUAAACGAUGUGUAAGAGUUUGUUAGAAACAACUGUUAAAAAGCAUAUGAAAUGAUAGAAUAUAUACAAAAAAAUAAAAAUUUAGAUAAACAAUAAGAAAUUAUUAUGGAGUUUUAUAGAGACAUAUAUUUUGUACUAGAAAUGUCGAAUUCGAAUGUCUUGCCGAAAGGUUUGAUUGACGAAUUGGAGAAAAAAUUACAUGCAACAAUUACCUUUAGUUUAUUCAAUAUUGAAUGA